UACAUUGUUAGGAAUAUAAAUUGUGUAAUGUAUACUAUAUAAUGAAUCACCGUAGGGAGCUCAGCUAAUUCAAAUGAAAGUGGCUCCCCCUAUGGAAAAUGCAGGAUCAGAGCUGCCAGUGGUGACGUUUGUUCGUUUGGAACAUUACAAUGGAAUUCGUCUGGUACAAAGUAUUCAUGCAUCUCUUGCUGCACUGAGUAAAGUAAUUCGUGGAACUAUUCUUCUAAAUAAAGAAACUCGAACACUGGCUACUUCCUUGUUACAGCAUGAGACUCCAACUCAGUGGCAGAAAAAGUGGGAAGGCCCGGAUGAUCCUCUUCAGUACUUGCGUAGUGUCAUGAGUAGAGCACUUGCCAUCCAAAAAUGGCUUCAGAAAACUGAAUCCGAGUCACUUCUGCAAGACACUCUAGAUCUGUCGGAACUUUUCCACCCAGACACAUUCUUGAAUGCCCUUCGUCAGCAAUCUGCACGGAAGCUGAACCUGAAGUAUCAAAAACACUUCUAUGAUAAACACUACGGGAAGCUGAACCUGAAGUAUCAAAAACACUUCUAUGAUAAACGCUACGGGAAGCUGAACCUGAAGUAUCAAAAACACUUUUACGAUAAACACUACGGGAAGCUGAACCUGAAGUAUCAAAAACACUUCUACAAUCCUGAAGUAUCAAAAACACUUGGAAUCCAAGCCAGUAGACAAAAAGAAACUUAA